AUGAACACACGCCCGCCCAUAGAGACGGCGGCCUCUACGGUGGUGCUGUCCGCAUCCUUUAACAGUGAUGCCAGCUGCUUCUCCGUUGGCCUCAACUCGGGAAUAUGCAACUUCAAUGCCGGCAUUGGCCUUGUCGAAAUGAUGGGUACGACCAACUACCUCGCCCUCGUCGGUGGUGGCAGGCAACCCAAGUUUAGCACCAGUAAAACAAUCAUAUGGGACGACAUGAAAGGGAGAGUCGCUAUAGAAAUCGCCUCUCUGACCCCGGUGCGCGGCGUCCGCAUCGGCCGCAACCGCAUCGUCGUCGCGCUCCAGAACAGCGUCCGCGUCUACUCAUUUGCUAAGCCGCCCGACCUCCAGUCAGUGUACGAGACCACGGACAACCCUCUCGGCCUUGUCGCCAUGUCAGACAAGACGAUUGCAUUCCCGGGCAGAACAGUCGGCCAAAUCCAACUUGUCGAGAUCGGUACCGGCAACGUCAGCAUCAUCCCGGCCCACUCGUCCGCUCUCCGAGCCAUCCAACUGAGCCCGGAUGGCGAGCUGUUGGCCACAGCAAGUGAAAUGGGCACGCUGAUCAGGGUGUUCGCAACCACCAACUGUGCUCGCUUGGCCGAGCUGAGACGGGGCGUCGAUCCCGCGACCAUCUUCUCUCUCGGCUUCAGCCCCGAAGGCACCAAGUUGGCUUGCACGUCGGAUAAGUCAACACUGCACGUCUUCGACGUGCCGCAUCCCAAGAAGCCCAUGACCGCGCCGACGAGUCCGACGGCGUCGCAGAUGGCAGGAUCGGGCAUCCUCGCGGGUCGGCCAGCUGACGACGGCAAGGGGCGAUGGGGUUUCUUGGGAAAGAUCCCGCUGAUGCCGCGCCUGUUCUCAGACGUGUACUCAUUCGCGUCUGCGCCGUUUGAGGCUGGCGAUGACCCGCUAGUCGGCGGACUGCCCCUGUCGGACCAGACGACGCUCGGGACGACGAGGCCCCAAAAGGGCGUCAUCGGAUGGAUCACCGAAGACAGUCUUGUCGUCAUCGGCGCCGGACAGGACGCCAGGUGGGAGAAGUUUGUGAUAUCCAAGGGGGACGACGGACGACGAUACGUCGUGCGAGAAGGCUGGAAGAGGUAUUUGGGCAGCGCGUCGUCAUGA